AAUGGUCCCUACCAAGGAACAGACUGAGGAGGAAGAAGAUGAUGACAACUAUGAUGAUAUGGAAGAUGGAAGAAAGACACCCUACUCCAGAGCUCCAGACAAACCCAGAUGGGUACAAGUCACAAAGAGCCAGACUGCACCUGAUGCAAAUGGUUUUAAAGGUUCUCUAAGUGACAAGGAAAAAGCCCUGACUAGAGCUAUGAGUAAAACUUACAGUUCUAUUCACCAGAUUGAGAGACUUAAGGAAUAUAACCCUUGGACCAAAAAGGCCAUGGAUAUGAUGGACUCAAUUAGAAUCACAGGAGGUCCCAUCACUGGGGAAAGACUCAACCAACUACAUGAAAUAGCCAAUACUUGUGCUAGAGAAACAAAUAGAGUGGUGCUGGAGGAGCUCAAUGAGAGGCUCUCUAAAAUGAGGGACAAGAUAAAAAAUGAUCAGCAAAAUUACAAUCAAUCAGAGGUUAAGAAAGCUAUUGAAGUAGCCAAAACCAGAUCGAUACAAAAAUAUGGCAAAAAGAUUAAUUGGGCCCAACUUAAAGAAAGUGUAUACUUGGUUACCAAAAAUCUAAAAGCUCCCUUAGAUGACUCUUUCAAUAGAGAGCUCCAUGAAAAUUUCAAAGAGCUCCCUACCAUACAGAGAUCCAAGAAACCAGCAGACAAAACCAGACACAAAGAACCUUACAAGAACUCUAAGGAUGAAAUCUCAGAACUAAGAAAGGAAUUGGCAAUCAUGACUGUCUUAUUUAAAGGAAUUACAGAGAAAAUGAGUGCUGAUGAGGAGACUAUGGACCAGGGAAACUCCUAA